UACCGGAGGAUCGUAUUUUCUCUCUGGUUAUGUGAGGUUAUGUCCAAUGUCGAGUGUCGAAUAAUAUAUAAAGAAAUGUAUAUUAUAUUUUAUUUAUUGCAACAGAAACAAAAGUUAAACCUCAAGAUAACUAGACAUCUCGACCUCUUAUAAACUGCUAUAUAUGUAUUUGUUUCUUUAUUAACCAGGUCGGACAAAGCUGAUUCUCGUGGAAACGCAUGUUUCUGUCGCAAGUGUCAUACGCGACCUCGAGACUGUCGAUCCGAGAUGGGUCUGCCGAAAAGGUUUGGAUUGCUGUUGUUUCUGGUACUAUGGCGAUUAUUCAACGUCUUCUUGGUACGGACUGUUCACGUGCCGGACGAAUACUGGCAGUCGUUGGAGGUGGCCCAUCGUUUGGCUUUUGGCUAUGGAUACCUCACGUGGGAAUGGAUAACAAUGAUUCGUAGUUAUAUGUAUCCGUUUCUCAUAUCGAUUCUCUAUCGGGCGCUCGCCGUGCUCUCGUUGGAUUCCGUGCCACUGUUGACGACGCUACCUCGUAUCUUUCAAGCUAUCCUCGCCGCCUACGCGGAUUAUACGUUUUACAACUGGACCAAGAACCAGUGGAUGAUGAUCGCUCUGUGCAUGAAUUGGUUCUGGUAUUAUUGUGCUACGAGAACACUGAUAAACUCGGUGGAAACUGCCUGCACCAUUAUAGCGUUAUCGAUGUUUCCAUGGAAAGAAAGCCGCGUGCAAAGCGUAAGGUUUUUGUGGAUUGUGGGUUUUCUCUGUAUGGCGAGGCCCACUGCUGCGAUUAUGUGGCUUCCCUUGUGCCUAUAUCAUAUUAAAAUGAGUUCGGAAAAGAAAAAAUUGCUUGGUCAAUAUGUCUUGAUAGGUUCCGUUUGCUUUACAAUCUCUGUAUUAAUAGAUAGUUACUGUUAUGGAACGUAUGUUAUAACCCCAUGGAAAUUCUUCCAGAUAAACGUGUUUGAAAACGUUGGGAUCACAUACGGCACCAAACACGCUUUGUGGUACAUCUAUGCCGCUUUGCCCGUACUGCUCGGGGUGUACAUCUUCCCAUUCUUGCUUUCCUGUUUCUUAAUAUUUAAGGGUCCUAGAUUUUUCUUUCGAGAAGAAUCAAUUAUGCUGGUGGUAAUUGGUUGGACCUUAUCAAUCUAUUCGUUACUGCCCCACAAGGAAUUUCGAUUUAUUUUACCCCUUUUACCGUUGUUAAUACACAUAAGCUUCGCUUGUCUUAAUCUUUUGAACUUUAUAAUCUCGUCUACCAUGCGUAGAAGUCUUAUAGCGAUAUUUAUAUGCAGUAACGUCUUACCCGGGGUGUUCUUUUCAACGAGUCACCAAGGUGGUACGUUACCAAUAAUGGAGAUCCUUCGAGACGAUAUUACUCGUACGAACACCUCGUUGACGAACACAUUGAUUCUGACCCCGUGCCACAGUAUGCCUUUGUACAGUCAUUUACACGUAAACACGUCCAUUAGAUUUUUAACAUGUGAGCCUAAUUUGAAUAACACCGAGGACUAUGUAGACGAAGCGGAUCAAUUCUUCGCGAACGCGACAGUCUGGCUCAAUAAUAAUUACAUUAACAAUGAGAAAGUCACGUUACCGACUUAUGUGAUAGUAUUUGAUAACAUUGUGAGUGAAAUAUCUAAAUUUUUACGUUCAUACGAGUUGAUUGCCGAGGUGCAUCACACAUAUUUUCCAGAAUGGAAUUAUGGAGAAAAUAUAUUAUUGUAUAAGCAUGUAUAAUAUUUAUUUUAUAUAUAAUAUAUGUGAUUACAUAUGUAAUAUGGUAAAUGG